UCUGGUUGCAAUGCGCUUAGGACUGGGAUGCGAAGUGAAUGAGUUGGGAGAGAACGCAAGCCCCACAAGUGCCAGGCGUGCCAUAUCAGAAAAACACUUUCUAGUAUUUUGUCCGCGUGUCUAUUGGGGAAUGCUCUUACAUCCCGCAGAGGGCAGUAAGAACACAGCGCGCAUUAUAACGGCGAGUUUAAAAGUCCAGGGGUCGCUCACUCAACCUUGAAUGCACGUCAGAAUCACCUGAGGGAGGUUUUAUAAAAUAUCCGUGCUCCACCCAAGACAAUGAAAUCAGACUCCCUGCGAGCGGGGCCCGAACAUCAACAUUUUUGAAGACGCUCCCUGUGGCUGUGCAUCGGUGAUCUUUAAUCCCCUGCUACUUGUUAGAGGAGCUGAAUGACGCCUCGUGGGCUCAUUCUCAUAAACGAGCUCCUGAAUGCAGUCCUCUCCUCCCAAGAGUUGUCGGUGUUGCAUCUUUUUGUUGUUUAUUUAUUUAUUAGCCAACGUUAGAAGACGUCCAACAGUGCUGCAUCUUAAUGGGGGGACAUCCAGCUAAAGGGAAUCUUGGAGACAUCCGCGGGUUCCCAGUGGCUCGCGGCAAGUUGGUUUCCCAGGGCAAGAGGCCGCCACUUAAGAUCAGCUCUGCCUUUCGAGCUGGGCAGUGGAGGCUCCAAGUCCGCUUUCAGCAGGACUGGAGGAAGGAGACUGGGUGGCCCCAAGGAAGGAGGGGAAAAGGCUGCUGAGAAGAGGAGGAGGGAAAGGGGAAGAGGCAGGGCGAGGGAGGAGCCUGAGGAGACGCGGUCGCAGUCUGACUCGGCUCAACCCUGAUAUCUGCGCCCCGGCCGCCUGGUCGCCAUGGCGGGCUUGGGCAAGGGCCCGGGCUCCGCUAUCCCCGUAUGGCUAGCCGAGGAAGACCUGGGCUGCAUCAUCUGCCAGGAGCUGCUGGACUGGCCCGCCACGCUGCCCUGCGGCCACAGCUUCUGCCGCCACUGCCUGGAGGGCUUGUGGAGCGCGCGCGGCGCCGGGCGCCGCUGGGCCUGCCCCACCUGCCGGGAGGGCGCCGCGCAGCAGCCUCGGCUGCGGAAGAACACACUACUGCAGGACCUGGCCGACAAGUACCGCCGCGCCGCACGCGAGCUGGAGGCGGGCUCCGACUCUGCCGCUUGCCCUGGCCCCGGCUCCAGUCCCGGCUCCAGCCUGACCCCCAGGCCCCGGCGCCGCCCGGCACUGCCGCGGGUGGCAGUAGAGAAGAGCAUCACAGAAGUUGGUCAGGAGCUGACAGAGCUGGUGGAACAUCUUGUAGACAUUGUCAGGAGCCUGCAGAAUCAGAGGCCCCUAUCAGAAUCUGGACCAGACAAUGAACUGAGCAUCCUGGGCAAGGUUUUUCCUUCUGGGGUGGAUCUUUCCAUGACUUCUCCAAAGCUGUUGAUUUCCGACACAGCUGCAGGGAGAAUCAGAGAUAUUCUCCAAGACCUAGAAGAAAUUCAGGAAAAAUUACGAGAAAACGUCGCCCGGAAAGAGGCUCCUGAAGCACAAACGCAGGGUUCUUUGUUACCCAGGCUGGAGUGCAGUGGCGCAGUCACUGCAGCCUCAAUCUCCCAGGCUCAGGAGAACUCCCGGAAGCCCCAUCUUCCUCCUCAUGCCCAUUGCCUGACCAGAGCCACCCUGCACUCAAGAGAGCUUCUCAGUUUGCUCAGUGGGCCAUCCAUCCAACCUUUAACUUGAAGAGCCUUUCCUGCAGCCUGGAGGUGUCCACGGAUUCCCGUACAGUGACUGUGUCUCGCCGCCCACAACCCUAUCGCUGGAGCUCUGAGAGGUUUUCUACCAGCCAGGUCUUGUGUUCCCAGGCCCUCUUUUCUGGAAAGCAUUACUGGGAAGUGGACACUAGGAACUGCAGCCACUGGGCAGUUGGGGUGGCUUCCUGGGAGAUGAGCCGUGACCAGGUCCUGGGAAGGACUAUGGACUCUUGUUGUGUGGAAUGGAAGGGGACUAACCAGCUCUCUGCAUGGCACAUGGUCAAGGAAACUGUCCUUGGCUCAGACAGACCUGGGGUGGUGGGCAUCUGGCUGAACCUUGAGGAGGGGAAGCUUGCCUUCUAUUCGGUGGACAAUCAGGAGAAGCUUCUGUAUGAGUGUACCAUCUCUGCCGCCUCUCCUCUGCACCCUGCCUUCUGGCUGUAUGGCUUACAUCCUGGAAAUUACCUGAUAAUAAAGCAAGUAAAGGUGUAAGGUUUCCUCAGGGAUUACA